UUGAAGCCUCAGCACACGUCGUUUUCUUCAAAAGACCCGAACCCAGCGUUCUAAAACCCCGAAACCGAAGAUCUAUCAGCCGCGCCACCGGAAACUACAAACCAAACGGAGAUAUAAUAUAUAAACUUCAUCUCAAUUUUGCAGCUAUAUCAUUCAUUAUAUUCAUUCUUUAUCAUCACUUUCCCCGAAUGAGAAGGUUCACGUGGUUAACGCCGUAUCGGCGCCAUUUUCUUUCAUCCGUUGCAUCAGAACGAGAUUCAUUCGGAAAAUCCUUCUCCUCUCAUCGAUCGUUAUUACUUUCACGAGGUAAGUUAAGUUUUUUUUUUUUUUUUUUUUUUGGUUUUUUAAUUAAAUUAAUUUUUUUAUGUAUAUUAGGUUUGUUUGGUUGCAAUUUUGACACGAAAAGGGAGGAAUAUCUAAUUCCGAGAAUUCCAUUCAGAUAUCGUUAUGCUUACGCUUCAGCAUAUUCUUCUUGCACUGAACGAAACUAUUAUCAGAUGCUUGGUGUUGCUGAAAAUGCUAGUCGGGAUGAGAUAAAGAAGGCAUUUCACUUGCUUGCUAAAAAGUACCAUCCAGACGCGAAUAAGAAUAAUCCAUCAGCAAAGAAGAAAUUUCAAGAUAUAAGAGAAGCUUAUGAGACAUUGAGAGACUCUAAAAAGAGGGCAGAGUAUGACAAGAUACGUGCUAAUGGUUCUGGGAACAUGGAAUAUAGUGACAAUUAUGAUGAUGCAGAAAGAUUUAGAAAUGCUUAUCGUACUCAUUUUUCAGAUUCAUUUCAUAAAGUAUUCUCUGAGAUAUUUGAAGAAGCAACAACUCAGUUCAAGUCAAAUAUAGAGGUGGAAUUAUCACUUACUUUCUCAGAAGCCGCUAGAGGAUGCACCAAACAUGUGUCAUUUGAUGCGGCAGUUCCCUGUGAUAAUUGCUAUGGACAAGGAUAUCCACAAAAUGCUACCCCAACAGUUUGUCCAACAUGCAGGGGCUUAGGUCGAGUUACCAUCCCUCCAUUUACAUCAACAUGCAUUACUUGUAAAGGAUCUGGCCGCAUCAUUAAGGAGUUUUGUUUGUCAUGUGGAGGAUCUGGGGUUACUGAAGGGAUUAAAGAGGUUAAAGUUACGAUACCAGCAGGCGUGGAUUCAGCAGAUACAAUCCAUGUGCCAGAAGGUGGGAAUGCUGCUGGAAGUGGUGGUCGACAUGGAAGUUUAUACAUUAAAAUAAAGGUGGUCGAGGAUCCAGUCUUUGCGAGGGAUGGGGCAGAUAUCUAUGUGGAAUCUAAUAUUAGCUUUACACAGGCUAUUCUUGGUGGCGAAGUUGAGGUGCCUACCUUAUCAGGGAAGAUGCAAGUAAAGAUACCAAAGGGUGUUCAACCAGGACAGCUGCUAGUAUUUAGAGGCAAAGGACUGCCAAAACAUGGGUUUUUUGUACUCAAUGGGGAUCAGUAUGUGCGCUUCCGUGUAAACUUUCCCAUUGCAAUCAAUGAACGACAACGUGCUAUACUUGAAGAAUUUGCAAAGGAGGAAAUAAACGAGGGAAAUAGUUCAACACUUGACAGAAAUUGGCUUUAUCAGCAGCUAUCUACUGGUUGAACUUACAGGUGGCAGCAAAUUCUUGAAUACACGGCGGGUCCAAAGUUUAUGCUGGAACUAUCUAUGCUGAUAUUAUUCCUUGUCUUCAUGAACAAAAUGUUGAGCUGACGGCUUGUUCAAAGUUCAAACAUGAUUGAAGUGGACCUUACUAAACAACAAAUUCUUCUAAUUGCUGUAUUUUCAUCCUUUCAGACUAUGCACAGUACAAGGUAAUUCGAUCAAGAAGUACUCAUUUUCAUCCCGUAAGUUAUAUGGAGAUUGGAACAAGUGGAGUCUGAAAUACAUUAAAUAUAGGAAUAAGUGAAUGGACUAUGGAAAUCAAGGCUGUAUCGCCGAAAUAUGCUAUUUCUUAGAAUAUGGUACAUUUUAUUGUUUUUGAGCAAUCAAAGAACAGGAUUGUUUGUUUGAUGAAGAAUUCUUCCACAGUUUAACUGAUUCAUGCGAAGAUCAUCAAAGAUUUCAAAUAAAAGAUGGAAACCUAUUUCCCGUGUAUUCUUUUUUCCAAACUAUUCUUUUUUAUUAAUUUUGUAAAUCCUUUAUAACCAUAAUGGUUUCUUUAUGUUUUGUAUUUCA